AUGUGGGCUGAUUUAGUAGCUAGGCAUGAAGGGUUUGCAUACUUGCCAUGUGUGGUCAUGGUGGACUUCAAUUCGGUUCUAUCUCCUUUAGAAGUGGAAGGUGGUUCUUCUUCUUGGCUUGCAUGGCAAAACAAUCUUGGGAAUUGCUUGGUAACAGUGGGUUUGGAUGAUUUAAAGUGGCCAUCAACUCUUUCCUCAGCAUUGUCUGACUUGAUGCGAAAUACACUUGAUACUUUUCAACCGGAUAGUACUAGAGAGGAUGUCUUACAACUGGUGGAUGAUGCGAAUGGAGUCUUCUCUUUUCCUAGUGCUUGGGAGUCUAUUAGACUUCACUGCCCUAAGCGGAGUUGGUCAGAUACUCUUUCUUGGAUGGAGCAGUUUCUUACCCUUUUUCUGAGCGCGGUGGGCAUGCUAUGCAUGCUUAAUGUAACCUGCCUUGGGUUCGACGGAGUUGGUCAGUAUCUCUUUCUUGGAUGGAGCAGUUUCGUGGGAGGUCAAUGCGUCGACACCAGACCAAGAGUUGAGAUUAAAGGAGGUGAUAUGAGAACUUUUUAUACGCUGGUGAUGAGUGAUCCUGAUGUCCCUGGACCUAGUGAUCCAUAUCUCAAGGAGCACCUCCAUUGGUUAGUUACAGACAUUCCAGGCACGACAGAUGCCACAUUUGGAAGAGAGUUGGAGAUCUAUGAAACCCCAAGGCCUAACAUAGGUAUCCAUAGGUUUGUGUUUGCUCUCUUCAAGCAAAAAGGCAGACAAACAGUACAUAAUCCACCUGCUUCAAGGGAUUAUUUCAGCACUCGAACUUUUGCUGCAGAAAAUGACCUCGACCUACCCGUUGCCGCCCUCUACUUCAAUGCACAGCGAGAAACCGCUGCAAGAAGACGAUAA